AUGGGAAUUGGAGGGGAAAGUGAGAGUGGAAGUUGUUUACGGGCGGGAGCCAUUGAUUUUCCCUCCUCCCACUUCACCUCCAAGUUCACCAUGGACGCCCAGAAACAGCUUCAAGCACUCUCGGAAGAGUUCCAGGGACUGCAGACCGAGCUUGAGGUUUUGGUCGACGCCCGCCAGAAACUCGAAUCGCAGCAGCAAGAGAACGAAGGCGUGCAGACCGAGUUCGCCUAUCUGGACGAUGAAUCCAACAUUUACAAGCUCGUCGGCCCGGUGUUGCUGAAGCAGGACAAGACCGAAGCCAUCAUGGCCGUCAACGGUCGGUUGGAGUUCAUUGAGAAGGAGAUCAAGCGCAUUGAAGCCGAGAUUGAUGCGACACAAGAAAAGAGCGAGAAGAUGCGCUCAGAGCUCAUCCAACUCCAAAGCCAGGCUCAACAGCAGGGAGCUGCUGCUUCGGCCUCCGCAUAAGGUCAAAAUCUCCGAGAAUCCGCAGGCGAAGAAGGAUAUACCACCCGGAGAUGCAAUAGGUGGCGGGCGAGCUACGAAGCUGGCGUCGGAUGGGACCAGCCCUCAACCGGUUCACUGUAAUUCAGUACAUGCGCUAUGCAGCCGAGAACCCUAUUUUGUACGAGGAUUUCUAAAUGCUUGGGCAUUGAGCACUAAAUCCCAACUGGGUUGGGAUAGCUUGGAAAUGUAUGAUUUGUGCAGGUGCCUGACACCAAAACAGCAAAGAUAUACCCUCGAAAUUUUAAUGCAAUGCCCUCAAAGUCAUCAAUUGAUCUUUUGCGAAUUAUCUCAUGGGGUUAAUCAUUCUGAUCUGGAAUCAAUCAAUAUAC